GGAGGACGCGCUGACGUCACGUCGCUGACGCAGGCCCUGCUCUGCUCGCUCGCUCUCACAAUGGCGGCCGGAUCGCCGCAGUUCGCGGGGCGCCGUAGUAAAUGGGAUUGCCCAGAAUCGGUUCCUUUGUCAAUAGACUCCCAGAUGAACAAUUUUUCCAUCACUAUGUCACAAGAUGGAGGACUCCCAGGCAGCCAUUCUUCUCAGUCUUCAUCAGACGCAUUGGAUGCAGCUUCAGCAGCAGCCGCCAGGAUUAAUGCCAUGUUGAUGGCAAAAGGGAAACUGAAGUUGCCGCAGACUCCAAGUAACAGAUCAAAGUCUUCAAAGUCGUCAUCACAUCAAAAGAACAAAGAUGAUAUGGUGGUUGCUGAAAUUGAAAUUAAUGAUGUUCCUAUUGUAUGUAGAAAUUUGCUUACGAGAGGCCACACUCAAGAUGAAAUAAACAAAAUUAGUGGUGCUGCUGUUUCUACCAGGGGACGAUUCAUGAAUGCAGAUGAAAAACAAAUGGCACUACAAGGGGACCGACCCCUCUACCUUUGCAUACAGGCACAGACGCAGAAGAGUGUGGACAGGGCCGUGAACAGGAUCAAAGAGAUUAUUGGUGAAGCACUAGCAAAAGAAGCCAUUAAGCAGCCACUUCCACCUGUGGUGACCUCCACUGCAAGAAGCAGUCCAAUGACUGCACAUAACUCUCCAUUCAGCACUUUGCCUCAGUUACAACCAGGGAUGCAUUUUGUUCAGGACAAAAUCUUUGUAGGUUUAGAGCAUGUGCCUCCAAAUUUCAAUGCGAAAGAAAAAGUGGAGGGCCCAGGGGGGUCAUUUCUGCAGCAUAUUCAGAAUGAAACAGGAGCCAAAGUUCACCUGCGGGGCAAAGGGUCAGGGUUCAUUGAACCAACGUCUGGACGAGAGGCAUUUGAACCAAUGUAUAUUUAUAUCACUCAUCCUAAACCAGAAGGUUUGGCAUCGGCAAAAACACUGUGUGAAAACUUGCUUCAGACGGUAUAUGCAGAGUAUACCAGAUACCAAAGCCAGAUUACAACAGGACUGGGUCCACCAUCAGUUUAUUCCAUGGUGACACCGUCUCCAGUCAUUGGUCCUGCCCAGAAUCCUAUUUCUGUUUUACCUCCAGUGAUGACGUCACAGCCCUAUCCAAUUCAGCCACAGACAACUGUCCCAUACACGUUUGCAAACACAAAUGCACAGUUUACUACACAGCAAUUUAGGCAGCCUCUUCCAACAUCUUAUGCUACUGGAAUGCCUACAGAGAUGAAUCAGAACCAAGUGGUGUCAGGAAUGGUGAAUCAAGGAUCGCCGAACAACUUUCAAAUGCCACAACCAAUGCCAGGACCUUGUUUUACACAACAGCCUUUGCAACAAACUGGAGCAAAUUUGCAACAGGUUCAGUCUGUAAACUCCACCCACAUGCCGCUCUCCAUGUCCAGCUCAGAAUAUCAGUUCCAGGCCUCGGGUAACAAUAACCCAAUGCCACCACCUGGGCCACAGAAGAGACGCUUCACAGAAGAAAGAGCAGGAAAUACACCAGAAGGACUCCUUGGAUACAGGCACGGACCAUUUCACUUGACUAAUCUAGGUACUAGGAGCAGUCAGGAUAUGGGACCUGGGUUGAAGAUAGCUGCUGAUUCCAUUCUCUUUGGAAGAGGAAGAGAAAGGCAGCUGAUGCCCCUGAUGUCCAACCAUGGAGAUCGGUCGGAAAUGCCAAAGACCGCGAUGCAUAUGUUACGUCCUUUAAACAUGCAAGGUCAUAUGUCUCCAAGCCAUAAGCGACACAAGACAAGCGAUAGCCUAUGUGCAUUGGCACAGUAUGGCGAGGAUUCUUCAGACGAGGAAGACGACCGUCAUAAACGAGGUGGGAGAUACCGAACUUCUGGAAAUGGUUCACGCAAUAUGUAUCAUCCCUACUUUCAACACUCGAUCCACCGUCCCCCUCCUCACCACCACAUAAAUCAUCGUCCGCAGCUGCCGCCACCGCAGCAGCAGCAGCAACAACAACAACAACAACAACAUGGCAUCCCAAGGUCUCACAAUUCCAUGCCCUUCUGGAUGGCACCCAACUAAUACUGAAAAUGUUGUGAUUGUAUUUUUGUCAAUGUUCUCUUCAUGUGCAGCUAAACCACGUGUUCAAAAGAGCCUGUGUGUGUGCGCUAGGUGUGGUAACAUUACCGAAUAUACCAGCAGCACUCCUGGAAUUAAUUUUGAUGGACCACCAUAAUCAAACGGCUGACUGCAACAGUGGACAAUGGACUCAUGCAGGAUGCAGAAACUUGUGAAGAACCAUAUUAUUGGCAUUUCUUUCUGUUACAGCACUGCAUUAGCUGCAAUAACUUGAAGAGUAAACUCGCACUACCUUCAGUGUACAAUUUCCAGAAGUGAGGAUUUAGUGACAACCACCGCUUUCCCCACUGGUACGGCGCAGAAGCAUGAUUCAUGCACCAACCUUUUAUGUUGUAAUGGGCAAGGAUUUUAGUGUAUUAAAUACAGCUGUAAAAUAAAAGUAUGUGAAGAAA